UUAAACUAGUUUUGGUUGUGUAGAGAAAGAUGGCCGGAAUACCCAACCCUGAGAUAAAGUACACCCAGCUGUUCAUCAACAAUGAGUGGCUGGAUGCAGAGUCAGGACGGACAUUCUCUACUCUGAACCCUGCUACAGGCGAGGAGAUUGCCCAGGUCCAGGAGGGGGACAAAGCAGAUGUCAACAAGGCAGUUCAAGCCGCCAGGGAGGCAUUUAAGCUCGGUAGUACCUGGAGAACUAUGGAUGCGUCCCAGCGUGGACAUCUGCUCUACAGGCUGGCAGACCUCAUAGAGAGGAACAGGGAGUACCUCGCCUCCCUCGAGUCAUUGGAUAAUGGAAAACCAUACCUGGAUGCUUUUAAUAUAGAUCUGGGAUUAGUAAUAAAGUGUUACAGGUACUAUGCUGGUUGGGCGGAUAAGACCCAUGGUAAGACUAUACCUAUGGACGGAUCAGUUCUCUGCUACACUAGACACGAACCUAUUGGAGUCUGUGGUCAGAUCAUUCCUUGGAACUUUCCUCUUCUUAUGCAGGCUUGGAAGCUUGGUCCUGCUCUAGCAACUGGAAAUGUUGUUGUCAUGAAACUUGCGGAGCAGACUCCUCUUACUGGACUUUAUGUUUGUUCUUUGAUCAAGGAAGCAGGGUUCCCCCCAGGCGUGGUCAAUGUAGUACCUGGAUUCGGUCCAACUGCAGGAGCAGCAAUCUCAGAGCAUAUGGAUGUAGACAAGGUAGCGUUUACUGGGUCAACUGAGGUUGGGCAUAUUAUCCAGAACGCUGCUGGUUCCUCCAACCUGAAACGUGUGACCCUGGAGCUGGGUGGGAAGAGUCCUCUCAUAGUUCUAGAUGAUGCUGAUCUUGACAAGGCUGUAGAAUUGGCUCAUUUUGCCCUUUUCUUCAACCAGGGACAAUGCUGCUGUGCUGGGUCCAGGCUCAUGGUCCAGGAGGGAAUAUACGAUACAUUUGUGGAGAAAGCGACAGCUAGAGCACUGGCUAGGAAGGUUGGGAACCCGUUCCAGGCCGGUAUAGAGCAAGGACCUCAGGUUGAUGAGCUUCAACAUAAGAAGGUUCUAGGAUACAUCAAGACAGGGAUAGCUGAGGGAGCGACUCUGAGGGCCGGUGGAUCCAGUUGGGGUGAUAAAGGUUACUUUGUCCAACCUACCGUAUUCAGUGAUGUAACUGAUGACAUGACAAUCUGUAAAGAAGAGAUCUUUGGACCUGUUCAAGUCAUUCAGAAGUUCAAAACUGUGGAUGAAGUUAUUGAUCGAGCCAACAGGAACUCGUAUGGACUAGCUGCUGCAGUGUUUACAAGGAACCUGGAUAAUGCAACCUUUAUAUCAAACUCACUCAGGGCUGGAACUGUAUGGGUCAACUGCUAUGAUGUCCUGGAAGCCCAAGCUCCAUUCGGAGGAUAUAAGAUGUCUGGAAUUGGACGGGAGCUGGGAGAGUAUGGAUUAGAAGCGUAUACAGAAGUUAAGACUGUCACCAUUGCUCUUCAACAGAAGAACAGUUAAACAAGAAAAUCCAAGAUUGAAAAUAAUGCAUUUGUUUGUAAAAUUUUUCUUGUAAAAACUUUAAUCAAAACCUAAAUAAAAUUUUGAUUUGCUA